AUGGGGGAUCGGCACGUGUUGCCGGGAGGGAUACUGGUGUUGCAGCAGAAGAGGGCUUCAGGGAAAUUCCGAACUGCGCUUGAGGAGUUUCAUUUCGACCGGCAAGGAGCAGUGCACAUAGAUGCACAGACCAAGGGUUCUGUGUGCAUGCCACAACAGCCCUCCCCGCCCAGUGAAUCUCCUGUGACCGCGCCUCAACCCACACUCGCUAGCGACAGCAGGAGGGACAGCUCUAAAGUAAUUCCUGCAAGCGUAUCCCUACCAGAGAAGCAGCCUGCAGAGGGGGCACACGGAGGGGCGACAGGGAGAGGGGAGGCUGCAGGCGUGGAGCCGAUCAGGACGAUUGGAGAUCGGGUGCCAGAGGUCUCCUUCCGCCUAGAGCUGUCUGAGGAGGAACGGGCGGCAAGAGAGAAAGUGGUGCUGCCCUAUGAACACCGAGGCGAAACUGGCCCAAUCAAGAUAUACGACGGGAGAAGGAGUAUUGCACCAAGCCACAUCAAGGGAACAGCAAAGACUCAUGGAGAGAGUUCAGUUGGUGUUGCAUCGGCUCGUAUGGCGGAACUUGCAGUGGGUGUGGGAACCACUGGGGGCGAGUGGAGUGAAGGGGGAGGUGGUGGUUUGAUUCAUUAUGAGAGGGAUUCGGAUGACGAAUACCCGGAUUCGGAUGAAGACCCCGAUGACGACCUGGAUAUUUAG